AUGUUGAUAAAAGGAAGUACUGUGGGAUCAGAUAAUUGGUCAGUGACAUUAAAUACUCUUCUGAAAAACUGUGCAUCAUCAUCAAGUAACUCUAACAAUAAAAAGCAGUCGUUUUUGGAUGGUUUACGGUCGUGUUUGCAAAAACGUGCAUUGAUAGCAAUGGAUGCGUUUUUCUCUGAUGAUGUGAUACCAAUACUAAAUGGAAUCGAUCUGGUAAAAUUCAAGGAUGUGGAUAAUUCUACUAUAGAUGUCAAACGUGACAAGAAUCAAACAAAUAGUUCUGCAAGAAGAAAUGGUAAUAAAACUUGGCGUGAAAUAGUUUUUCAACGACUUGCUAAUGUAUUCAAGACUCAUGUGCUAAAAAUUGAUAUUGACCAACUGAUCAAUCGAAAUGAGUCAAUCAAGAAAAAUGAAGAAAGCUUUAGGAGUAAUUCUGUGGAGAAUGAAAUUGUUGAAGGAAGACGACGUCACAGAAGACGUCACCAACUAAUGCCAAUGAUGAUGAUGGGUCUAUUGUUAAUGGGAUCAGUUCUGAUCCCCAUGGGUUUUCAAUUCUUAGCAGUACUUGGUGGCAAAGCAUUGAUUCUUGCCAAACUUGCGCUUAUGUUGUCGAGCAUUCAAGGCCUAAAGAAGGUAGCUACGAGUGGAGUCAAUUAUGGGCUUUACCACUCAGGUCCAGUAGGUGACGGAUGGCAUGACAGGAGUCAUCAAGAGCCUAUCUCUCAUUAUGGAGUGCCUUAUCCAUCGUAUUGA